AUGUGGAAUCUCGACCACAUCGAGUACGUGCUCGGCCUCCGUGGGGCUCGCUCGUCCCACAUUAGAGAGACCGUCGGCAUGGUCAAGCGAGUGGCCGACACUGCUCGUGGCUUUGCUCCCGAGCCAGGCUGCGACUACUCGCUCGCCGACCUGUUCGACAGAUUUGCUCCCGCCAUUCAGAAGAGGGCCAAGUCCAGCAUUGGCACCUCGCAGGCUCCGACCCGGCGGAUGGACAGCACUGACAAGGUCAUGGACGCGCCCGCCGACGCGCUCGUCAUCCGCGACACACUGCAGAUGACCAACAUCAAGUCGAACAACAACAAGUUCUACAUCCUCGAGCUGCUGCUCCUCGACGACGGCGCCGCUGCCGUUGUGACCAACUACGGGCGGACCGGCGCUAGCGGCGGCGGCGUCCGCAAGGAGGCCCGCCUGUACCCGACCGUCGACGCCGGCUUUCGCGGCUACGCCUCCAUCUUUGUCGCCAAGGUCAGCAAGGGCUAUCGGCCGGUCACCCUCGCCGCUGCCAACCUCGGGUCACCCGCCGCUGACGCUCGCGCCGAGGCCGAGGCUAGGUUGGUCGCCGCCGGUCCAGUCCGCGGCGGUGCCGCCGUCGCUCGCCCCGCCGGCGCGCUGCCCGACGCCGACUCGGCCGUCCUUGGCUUUGUCGACGUCAUCGCGCGCGAGGCCCUCGACCGUCUGUUGCAGGUCAUUCCGGGCAAGAUCACCGUCCGCGGUAUCGAGACCCCGCUCGGCGUGCUCUCGGCCCAGCAGGUGGACGACGCUCGUGCCGCGCUCGAGGCCAUCCGCGCCGCGCUCGAGGCCGACGCCAGCCACAACGAGCUCGCCACGGCCUCGUCGGCCUUCUACUCGAUCGUCCCGCACGACCUUGCGCGGAGCUCGCUCCUCGAGCACAUCAUUGACACUCCAGCCAAGCUCCGCGCCAAGGUUGAGCUCGUCCAGCUGAUGGAUGACGUGGUCAACGUCGGCGCCGGCGCAGGCAGUGGCCCCUCGGGCCCUGCCGCCCUCAUCGCCGACUCGCCGCAGGUCAAGUACGCCGCCCUCGGCGCCGACCUCCGGGCCGUGCCCGACGACUCGCCCGAGUACGUGCAGAUAGCCAAACACGUCCACAUCACCGACCUCAAGGACUUUGGCAUUACUAUCAAGGGGUUGUACGCUGUGACGAGGCCGGGCGAGCCGUCCGACGACGACCUUGCCGGUCUCGUCGGUCCACGCGGCGUCCGCAGGCUCUUCCACGGCUCGCGCGCCUCUAACUGGAUGGGCCUCCUUUCGCGUGGCAUCCUCCUCCCGCAGACCAUUGUCUCGCGUGGCGGCCAGCGAACCGACGCCGGCGCGCUGGGCGCGGGCGUCUACUUUGGCUCGGACGCCUCCACGGCUGCCCAGUACUGCACCCCAGUUGCAGCCGCCGGCCGCCCGCCGCGCCGCUUCAUGGCCAUCGCCGCCGUCGCCGUCGGCAACGCCGCUCGCCUCACAGAGCCGAAUCCGCUGCUUCUCUCGCCGCCGCACGGUGCUGACUCUGUCCACGGCUCGCGCAUUGACGAGCACGGCGAGCCGACGUCAUUUACUGACGAUGAGUUUGUCGUCUACGCUCCCGGCCGCUAUGCGCUCCGUUACAUUGUCGAGUUUGAGGCCAACGUCGUCGCCAUGCAGACGCUCAAGCCCUCGCCCAAAGGCUUUGUCUCGAUCAAGAGCGCACCCGCACCCGCGCCCUCGCCCGCGCUCAUUUCUCUGCCUGCCGACGCCCCCAGUGGCGACGCCAGCCGCGAUGGGCCGCACUUUCCCCCGCGCGUCUAUGCCCAUGGCUCGAGGGACAGCCUCGGGUUUGAGCCGGCUAUGAUCCCGCGCCCGAACGGGCUUGUCAUCGGGUCGAUGCCGCAGCCGCCGCCGCUCUCGCGCGACGCGCUCAUUGUCUCAGAGCUUCUCCGCCGCUGUAGGCAGCUCUACCGCGGAGGCACCAUCUCUCGCGAAUGCUACUCUGAGUUCAAGGACGCGAUCCUCUCGGAUGGCCCACUCUCCCAGGUCUGGACGAGGGUGCUCACCGUCCUCGGCCCGACAUCACACCCUGUGCUUGGCCUCCAGCCCGCUGUUGCCACCACCAUCCUGGAGUUUGCCGUCACCGCUAUGUAAACCAUCGCCGUCUACUG